AUGAGAUCUCUACAAUGUUUCCUCGUUCUCUUGGUCACUGGGGCUUCAGUCGGUUUCGUAGUCGACACAUCGCUUUAUCAUCCAGCCCUUCUGAAGUUCUUUAACGAAAACGUUGAUAAGCUUAUACAGGGAUUGAAGGGUGUAGAGAGCCAGGAUGAUCCAACAAGCCAACCUGCAUUCAUAGUAAGUUAAAUGGUCAGUUUUAAGUGCCGCUCUCGACUUCCUUUCGAAAAAACAGUUUUCUUUUCUUUUUUUCCCAUGAAAAGGAUUUAGGACACAUCUUUCAAAAUUAUUUUACUUAUUCUCCAAUUCUUUUUUUUUUUUUGCGUCGCCACUAUAAACCAGACACCACCCGUGUGUCUGUUGUGGUCUUUGAGAAAGAAUUCUCAAAAUGCGGGCUCAAAUCGGGCUAAAAAAAUUACAUCGGGCAUAGUUAAUGAACCAAUGAGGUCACUGAUUGCCUCAAACCCGCCGUAUCUCUCUAGUUUUCAUCCACCAACAUCUUGAAAACAAACCAAAUCAAACAGAACGUCAAUACGAUGAGAAAAAACCUAAAGGAAGAUAAAAGGGGGGGGAGACGAGGUUAGUUCAGUAUGGAGGAGAUUAAAAAGGAGAGAUGCACCAACUGCUGAUUACAAAACCAAACCUGGAUCGACAGCUCUGGGUUUGGAUGCGCACUUUUUACCUAGAAGUGUAAUAAGUGAAUUCAUAUGUUUUUGGACAUGAUUCUUGACUUUUUCGCUGUCUUUGUUUAAAUGACUGCUGUUAGAUUUCAUCAAAAUUACCAAAUGAAAGCACUGCUAACCAUGCUCCCAUUUACAGACUGAUUGUGAACAGAAAUUCGGAGAAUGUGAACUUGACGCAGACACUGAUGCCUGUAAACGAUUGGAGUGCAUGAAGAAUUUUGGAGGAUGUCUUAAAACUGACCUGUCGUCCGAGAAAUCGUCCACGCCUCCUCCAAAGAUGGUGAGUCCAUUAUGAAUGAAAUGGUUGCCCCAUUCUCUCUCUGUCUCUCUCUUCGUUGUUGAGAGCUUCAAAAUUUUGUGAUAAUGCCGCAAAAAUUUGUCGCACGUUUCUCGUGAGCAGCCUAUUAAAUUAUCGUUAAAUGAUAAUCACGUACUCGGCACCAUUCUCGAGCAACCUAAAAAGACUUGGACUUACUCUGAUAAACAAACUUUAGUUUUCCAGUAAUAUACAAUCUAACCCAGUCUAUACCUCCCCGUAAUCCUUCAUCUUUUUCUUGAGGCAGUUCGCGUCACGGUAGAAUUCUUCUGUCGAUGGUGUAUAUGAACUCGCGACCGUUACGCUUAUUUAAACACCAGCGACCUGAAAAUAACUAUAUUUACUAGCGGUAGGUAGUAAAUAUCUUCAAAAUAUUUUUUUCAAAUUUCCCUUGGAAGAGUAUUUUAUGGCACAUUUAAAGGGUACAGGCAAGAACCUAUAUAUACAUACACGUCAGUUCCUGCUUCAUGCCCUAACUUAACCUAUUUCCUUCUUUUCCCUGAUAGAGUCCCUGCCUUGACAAGACAAAUACAUGCUUCGAACUAGCUCAAGAAGACUGCACAAAAAAGUUAGAAUGUACAGUGUGCAGCAAGUACUGCAUGAAUGAAGAUCCAAACCCACCGUCCUACUGCGCAGCCUUCUAG